AUGUGGCAACAAUCAAAAAUGCUUGCGCUUCUUCUCUUAACAGUUCUACAGUACGGCUCUCAAGCAGAAGACUGCCUUAAAUGCAUUUGUUUGCAAGAGUCAGGAUGUAAGCCCAUUGGAUGUCAUAUGGAUGUUGGUUCACUUUCGUGUGGUUACUACCAGAUCAAACUUCCUUAUUACAAGGAUUGUGGAACCCCUGGACGCAAAAAUGGUGAAGAUGUAACCACCGCUUGGAAGAGAUGUGCCAAUGAUUACAAAUGCGCCACACAAUGCGUCAAGGCCUAUAUGAACCGCUACAAGAAACAAUGUGCUUCGAUUGGUCAAUCCUCAUGCCAGGCCAUGGCUCGCUUGCACAAUGGUGGCCCUUCUGGAUGCAGCAUUUCUGCUACCAUUAAAUACUGGAAUGCCAUCAAAAAGUGUUGCAAAUGCUCUUAA